CGCCUGCCGUUCGCCGGUCCGGGCUGCAGGUGGGGCUGUGCGGCCGCGCUGCCUCCAGGAAGCCUACGGGCCUGCGCCGGCUCCCAGGAUGCAGUGUGGACCGGCCGGGCGCUGACGGCGGCGGCGCGUCUGCGGGCGGAGCGGCGCGGGCGAGGCCGGGCCGGGCGGGAGGCGCCGCCUGCGGGGGAGACGCGCGGCGUGGACGGCGGCGGCCACUUCCUCGGCGCCGGGCGGGCCGGACAGCGCAGGGCCAUGGCCGAGGCGGCCGCGGCUCCGAUUUCUCCCUGGACCAUGGCGGCCACCAUCCAGGCCAUGGAGCGCAAGAUCGAGUCGCAGGCGGCGCGCCUGCUGUCUCUGGAAGGCCGGACCGGGAUGGCCGAGAAGAAGCUGGCGGACUGCGAGAAGACGGCGGCCGAGUUCGGCCACCAGCUGGAGGGCAAGUGGGCGGUGCUGGGCACCCUGCUGCAGGAGUACGGGCUGCUGCAGCGGCGCCUGGAGAACAUGGAGAACCUGCUGCGGAACCGCAACUUCUGGAUCCUGCGCCUGCCGCCCGGCAGCAAGGGCGAGACCCCCAAGGUGCCCGUGACCUUUGAUGACGUGGCCGUGUAUUUCUCCGAGCAGGAGUGGGGCAAGCUGGACGCCUGGCAGAAGGAGCUGUACAAGCACGUGAUGCGCGGCAACUACGAGACGCUCGUGUCGCUGGACUACGCCAUCUCCAAGCCCGAGGUGCUCUCCCAGAUCGAGCAAGGCAAGGAGCCGUGUGGCUGGCGCCGCGGGGCCCCCAAGGUCCCGGACGUGCCCGUGGACCCGAGUCCAGGCGCAGGGCCCCCCGUGCCCGCCCCCGACCUGCUCAUGCAGAUCAAGCAGGAGGGCGAGCUGCAGCUGCAGGAGCAGCAGGGCCUGGGCGUGGAGGCCUGGGCCGCCGGGCAGCCGGGCAUCGGGGAGGAGCCCUGGGGCCUCAGCCAGCUCGACUCGGGAGCCGCAGACGUGUCCACGGACGCCGCCGCCGGCGUCCACUCCAGCUUCCCCACCACCAUCCCGCCCACGUCGUGGCACGCGGACCUGCCCCCGCACCACCCCUCCUCGGCCUGCUCGGACGGCGCCCUGAAGCUCAGCACGGCGGCCGCCUCCACAGAAGAUGUGAAGAUUGUGAUCAAGACGGAAGUCCAGGAGGAGGAGGUGGUGGCCGCCCCGGUGCAUCCUACUGACCUCGAGGCCCACGGCUCGCUCUUCGGCCCGGGCCAGGCCACCCGCUUCUUCCCCAGCCCCGUGCAGGAGGGCGCCUGGGAGAGCCAGGGCGGCUCCUUCCCCGGCCAGGACCCCGUGCUGGGCCUGCGCGAGCCCGCGCGGCCCGAGAGGGACAUGGGGGAACUGAGCCCCGCGGUGGCCCAGGAGGACACGCACCCCGGGGACUGGCUCUUCGGGGGGGUCCGGUGGGGCUGGAAUUUCCGGUGCAAGCCCCCCGUGGGCCUGAACCCCCGCCCGGGACCCGAGGGGCUGCCCUACCCGUCGGCGGACGGCGGGGAGGCGGCGGUGCUGGACCCCAGCCAGGCGGCCCGGCCCUUCACCGACCCCUGCAAGUACCCGGGCCGGACCAAGGGCUUCGGCCACAAGCCGGGGCUGAAGAAGCACCCCGCGGCGCCCCCCGGCGGCCGGCCCUUCGCCUGCGCCACGUGCGGGAAGAGCUUCCAGCUGCAGGUCAGCCUGAGCGCGCACCAGCGCAGCUGCGGGCCGGGCGCGGGCGCGGGGGGCGCGGCGGGCGCGGCGGGCGCGGCGGACGGCGCGGGGGGCGCGGCGGGCGCGGGGGCCGCGGGCGGCGGCGGCGGCGCGCGGGACGGCAGCGGGCUGCGCUGCGGCGAGUGCGGGCGCUGCUUCACGCGGCCGGCCCACCUCAUCCGCCACCGCAUGCUGCACACGGGCGAGCGGCCCUUCCCCUGCACCGAGUGUGAGAAGCGCUUCACCGAGCGCUCCAAGCUCAUCGACCACUACCGGACGCACACGGGCGUGCGGCCCUUCGCCUGCACCGUCUGCGGCAAGAGCUUCAUCCGCAAGGACCACCUGCGCAAGCACCAGCGCAACCACGCGGCCGGCGCCAAGGGCCCCGCCGCGCGCCCGCCGCCCGCGCCCCUGCCGCCCGCGCCCCCCGACCCCUUCAAGGGCCCGCCCGCCAAGGCGCCGCUGGCCGCCACGGACCUGGUCACCGACUGGACUUGCGGCCUGAGCGUCCUGGGGCCCGCCGGGGAUGCCGGGGACCUGUGACCGCGCAUCCCCCACCCCCGCCGCCCCCCGCUGGCUGCAGCUGUCGAGUGGCCACGGACACGCGGGGGAUGGGGCGGCGGGUGGGCGUCGGGAGGCAGGAAGGGAGCCGCGAAGGGGGGAGCCACGGCGUGCCCCCCCUCGUGGGAACGAUCACUGGAAAGAAGCGCCCAGGCAGGAAGGCGGGGCCCCAACACACACACACCACGCGCACAGACACACACACAGAGCCCAGUUCUCUCUUGCAUACACACACACACACACACACACACAGUCCAGUUCUCUCUCUCUCUCAUACACACACACACACACACAGUCCAGUUCUCUCUCUCUCUCUCAUUCACACACACACACACACACACACACACCAGUUCUCUGACCUAAGGACUGAGCGGUGGCGGUUUCAGUAAUUUAAUUUCCACACCUCCUUUCCUUUUGUUUUGUGUGGUUUUUCGUUGUGGUUUUUUUUUGUUGUUGUUUUCUUUUUGUUUUUUGGGUUUUUUUCCCAUCCUUGAAGCAGCUGGGGAAUAGUCUCCCGUCUAAACUCCGUAGCGACGUUGGGUUUGGGAGCCCGUGUUGGUGAGACGCGUCUUUGGCAGCGGGACCCGCCUGGGGUCGUGCCCAGUGCCCCGUGGGGUCUGAGCCGCGCCCCUAGUGUGCACAGAGCACCCGGCCGCGGCGGAGGGGCGGGGGGACAGCAGGCUCCUGUCCUGCCCCCGCCCCCCAUCCCCCAGAGAGCUGACCCCUGCACCUCGGUGCCUGGGGGCAGCCGCGGUGGUCCGGGUCCCUCCGGGGGCCAGCAGCUGGGCAGCACUCCCACCCCACCCAGUGAGAUGCCGCUUGUCUGUGUGUGUUGUGUAUUUUCCUUGUCCAAAAGUUGGUGUGGCUCACUGGGUGGGGGGGCAGCCGGGACCUCGGGACACCCUCAGGAUUCCCGCAUAGCCACCGGCCGGGGGUGCAGGGGUGAGGCCCCACCUGGACCAGCCCAGGUGCCUGCAGCUCCCCCGGCCGGGCCCUGGUUUGGGGGAGCCGGGUUGGGGGCUCGGACCAUCGUAAAAGACCCGCCUCGCGUCUGCAUGAGCAAAGCCGGCCGGCCGGGCGGGCGGGCUCUCCCUCAGCGAGGCCCCCUCUGGACCCCGACGGGGCGGGCUGGGCGACGUCCCGCCCCCAGCUGUUGUCAGAGACCACGCAGCUCUCAGCCCUCGGGCCCCCUGGCGUGAGGGGGGCGGGGAGCACCCCUCUCCCCGCCCCGCCCCCCACUCGCCGGCUCCCUCCCCUUUUAUUAGGCAAUAGACUAGUUAUGCGACUCGUUUCUAUGUACUGUAUAUUUUGUACCUGUUUACACUUCUAAUAUUGAUAUAACUGAUAUUUUGAAAAACGAAGAGGAAAGAAAAUGUCUGUUAAAAUAAAACCUAACCAGCACCACGCGCCUUGCUGGGGUCCUUCCGUAGAGCCGCCGCUUGGUGCUUCGGGCGGCCACCCGGCGUGUCCCGAGGGGCGAAGCCUCUCUCGCCACGGAGCCCCAAGGACACGCGGUCACCGCCUUAGCUCCGUCUCACUGGUAGAAGGUCUGGGGACCGGAGGAACCGCAGACAGUCUCGAUCACAGGGGCGCGGACAGAGAGCCGGGCCCCGCGACCCCGGGCGGCCACUGUUAACCAUUUCGCUCACGUGUGCAGUCUUUCUCGGUUUGGAUCGUUGUCUAAGGAAAUGAAAAUGUAAAAUAAAAAAUCUGCUUUUGUUUG